AUGGAGAUUCUAAAARUGUAUGACAUACCAUCCAAGAUAGUCAAUGCCAUUGAUAUCCUGUACAGAGACUCUGAAGCGCAAGUGCUAACACCUGAMGGAGACACUGAAUUCUUUCGCAUACUGGCUGGCGUGCUCCAUSGAGAUACUUUGGAACCUUUUCUGUUCAUCAUAGUGUUGGACUACGCACUAAGAGAAGCAACAGAGGAAAACCACCURGAAUUUAAGCUUUCUACUCGUCAAAGUUCUCGCCAUCCUUCAAAACAUAUCACUGAUGCUGUUUUCGCAGAUGAUCUCGCUAUUUUUUCAAACUCUUUCGAUGAAGCUCAGACCCUCCUUAUUAAGUUGGWGACAGCUGCCAAAACCUUAGGUCUUAAUGUCAAUUACAAAWAGACAGAGUAUAUGUACUUMAACCAACCUGAUGGCGGACUAUAUACGUUACACGGGAACAGACUCAAACAGGUUGAUAAUUUUAAAUAUCUUGGCUCUUGGCUUCAGUCAAGCCAAAAAGACAUGGAAAAGCAACUUAAAAUGACAAUGACAGUGAAAAUGACAAAUAGAUUGAACGGCACAUACACAAAGAUGCUAAGGGCAAUUCUUGGCGUCUCUUGGAAAGACCGCGUACCCAACGAAAUCCUCUAUGAAAAUCUGCCGAAAAUCACUGAAAUACUGAAAAUCAGAAAGUUACGCUUUAUCGGACACAGUUGGAGGAGAAAUGAUUAA